AUGAACAAGAUGGAAAAUAUUGGCGCUAACGAGAGAUGGGCAGUCCCAAAUUCUUCAGUCGAAACAGACGACGAAGACGACGACACGCUGUCGUUGAGCGCUCUCCCACUCAUCCCCAAAUAUGACCAAAAACAAGAAAAAUUCAAUCCUCAAAUGGAUACUCAAAUCCACGACGACUUUGAUUUCUGCUCUCUCUCAAAAGAAUCCGAAAAAAUGCGCACCGCCGAUGAGAUCUUUUUCCGGGGCCAAAUUCUGCCUCUGCGCUACUGCACGACCCGACCCAUUACCCGAUCCGAAUCCAUGGACCGGCUCCACUCUGGUUCGGGAGGGCCGAUCUCCAGCCGGAGCAGCAGCAGCGGCAGCCGCCAGUCAUCCACCAGCAGCGGCAGCGGCAGCGGCAGGGGCAGCUCCGCCCGUCCCAAAUUACCGCAGCCACAAAACCGAUUCCACUCCCACCCGAGCCCAUCUCCGAGAUCCCAUUUCCUCGUCACCACAAAUCGCCGGAACAGCUCCGCCAAGGCCUCGCCGGCGUGGAGCAUUUUCCGGCUGGGGAUGCUGGCGCCGCCGCCGCCGGAGAUCGCGUUUCAGGGCCUCAAGCCACGGGACAGGAGAAUCGGGAGCCGCAACAGCACCGAGAGCUGCAGGAGCGCCGCCGGCAGCCUCAGCAGCUUGAGCAGGUUGAGGAAGAAUCUGAGUUCGAUAGGCGGGUGCAAGUGCUCCGGUGAUGCGGUUGAUACAGUUAGAAGCAGAGUCGUGGUUAUAACGAGGAGCUCCAGCGAGGGCGAGUGUGUGGAGGUGAAAAAGCGGGCGGCGGCAAAAAAGCGGCUGUCAUAUCAUCGGACGUCCGAGUGGCUGAAGCAACUCUCGCUCGAGGAAGAUGAAGCUUGA